AUGGAUGAAAAAUAUGACGACCGUGUCAGUCUUUCAGAAAACGCAACACGUUUUAUUAAAAAACGAAUUUCUGAUAUAGGUCCAACAUUAGACAGCGAUGAUAGCGGAAUUGCUGGAGUAUUUGUUGAUUUCACUUUGUAUCCUUUAGAUACAAUUAAAACAAGAUUACAGAGUAAAUAUGGUUUUAGAGCAUCUGGUGGUUUCAGAGGGAUUUAUAAAGGCAUUGUUCCUGUUAUACUAUGUUCAGCUCCUUUGUCUGCCCUUUUUUUCGCUACCUACAACACAAUGGUCAACACUCUCAAAACGGAAAAUUCUGCAUUAAAUCCAGUAGUGUAUAUAGUUUCCGCUUCUGCUGCCGAAUUGAUUGGAUCGAUUGUGAGAGUUCCGUUAGAAGUAGUUAAGCAAAGAAAACAAACAUCAAACACGAGGAGUGCAUUUAUCGUAAGGCAAACGCUUAAAAAAGAGGGAGUAUAUGGAUUAUAUAGGGGUUUUUGGAGUACAUUAUGGAGAGAAAUACCAUUUGCUGCGAUUCAGUAUCCAGUUUGGGAAGUUAUGAUCAAUGAAUAUAUGGCAUUUCAAGAUGGUAAAAGUUUAAACACAUUUCAAACUGCUUUGUGUGGUGCUUUUGCAGGUGCAAUUGCAGCUGCAUUUACAACACCAAUGGAUGUCAUUAAAACUCGGAUUAUGUUAGAAGAAAAAGAAAAAAUAGAAAAAAUAAAAAAAAAUUUAAAUUGGAAUAUGGCCAAACAAGUUUAUUCACAAAAAGGAAUAAGAGGAUUGUUUGCCGGAAUCAUUCCACGAAUACUCUGGAUAACAUUAGGAGGUUUCCUUUAUUUUGGAGCUUACGAAAAAACAAAAUUAGUAUUCGAAGAAAAAUGUGAGAAAAUUAAAACUGAUAAUAAAUCAAAAUUGGGUAAUAUGGCACCCACGUACAUAAAAGAAGAAACACAUAAUAAUAAUAGUAUAUUCUCGAAAGAAAAAAUAUGUAAUCUUUUUAUCGAAUAUCAAGAACAAAGUCACGAGAAAAGAAAUGAUGAAACAAAUGAAAAAGAAAUUCAAAAUCUACAAGAUUCCAAAGAAGAAUUAAAUGAAAAAAAUGAUGACAUACUUUCGCAGGAUACCGCAAAGCAAUAA